GAAUGCAAAUGUGGAGAAGUUUCUUCUGUGUUUUCUGAGCACCUUCGAUGUCCCAGCAUCAAUUUCGUUGUCCGGAGUUGCUGUCGAUGAUGGUGGUGACAGAAUUAUGCCGUUAAUGCUCUGGUGGGGUGGAUUGUUGCAGUGAUGGUUGCAGUGAUGCGGGUUUUUCUUUUGGAGUCGUGUGGUUGAGUGGAAGGCGUUGAUUGCGAGGGGUUUGAGGUGGGUGAGGGGAGAGUGUUGGGGUGCUGUGACGAGUCGCAGCCACGAUGGCUGCGUUGUUCUCGAAGCAAGCCCGAGAGUAUGCACUUGCGAGAGCAAUCUAUCCCAAGUCGUUGUUCUCUUACCUGGCAUCGCUCACCCCUUCGCACGCCGUGGCUUGGGAUGUCGGUACCGGCAGUGGACAAGCUGCUGUUCAGUUGGCGGAUCAUUACGAGAAGGUCGUAGCAACUGAUGCGAGCAAGCAGCAAAUCCAGCAAGCUGCCCAGCGUCCGAACAUCACCUACGCGGUCACCAACCCACAUUUGACAGAAGAGGAGGUGAGAACUCUCGUGGGAGAUGCCGAGACUGUGGAUCUAGUGGUGUGUGCCCAAGCCUUGCACUGGUUCGACUUGGACAACUUCUACGGCCACGUAAAGCGCGUUCUGCGCAGGCCUGGUGGCAUAAUCGCAGCUUGGACUUACCAGACCCCGUCAGUAUCACCAGCUGUGGAUGCCGUCUUGCAUGACUUCAAUGAGAAGGUCUUUCAGGAUUGGGCCCCGCAGGUGCGCUACAUUGAGGAAGAGUAUAAGUCGAUUUCCUUUCCGUUUCAACCUGUCGUGGGGUCCAAACUCACAACUACUGGCCCGUUUCAGUUCGAAGCCACAAAACAAGCGACGCUUAAUGAAUAUUUAACACACUUGCGUUCGUGGUCGGCGGUUCAGAAAGCUAUUGAUUCCGGGAGGGAGGUGUUGAAUGAGCAGCAGCAAAAGCUCUUUGCUGAUGCUUGGGGAGAUACACCUCAUAGGAUUGUGAAAUGGACACUGUACACUCUAAUUGGAACAUUGUAGCUCACCGGUUGUGGUAAUGUUCACAUUGUAGCAUGCUCAAUUAAAGAGAAAUGUGUAACUGGCUGUCUUCUUGCGAUUUUCAAAUGUGGUUGGGGGUGUGUGCCAGAAUAGUGCAACAAAACACGCCAGACUUAGGUAUGCAAUUCAGAGUCAGCUGGAGAACAGGGUGGUAUAUAAUUACAACAGUUGCUCCUCGCUUUUAGAGAAGCAUAAUUGAGACACGCGCUCAA